UACAGAAAAAGCUCUUCUUCCUCAUUUGUUAUAAGAAUAUUCUCGGAAUUACUAAAAUUAACUAAGCAAAACAACUCUGUCUCAUCAACCUUUCAUCAACCUACAGGUCCACUAAGUCACCCUUUAACUUAGCCAUUGGCACUAACACUGUCCUUUUCACGACCCUUCACGUCCACUGCGCUCUAACAACUCAAUUUCGAUUCAUGUCACUUACUAAUUACGCUGUUCCUACACCUACAAUCCAAUCUCUAACUCACGUCAAGCAAUUCACUACACUUCGUCACAAUACUUUACUAAGUACUAGUCUCCACUGUUGCUGUUGUCGAUCUGAACACGCCUGUAGACGAUCUGUUGUCGGACUGUUGACGAGCGAGCACUGGUUGCCGAACAGUUGACGAGCACUGGUUGCCGGACUGCUGGGCGAGUAUGAUCCAACUAGACUGAUGCUGAGACUGGCUUUUAUAUUACACAACAAAGUCUGUUUCUUUUUCCGAGAGAGAGGAACGCUAUAAAAACGCCAUCAUUUCUUCUGCCUUAACAACACAACUAUCAAUCAUCGUCUACAACAAAUUCUCUUCAUCUACGUUCGUCGACGUACCUGUAAUGCGGAAGCGCUGCUGCAACUCUUCAGGCGUCAACGGGAUGGCCUCGACAUCGGCUCUGGUUUCGCGUGCUCUUCUUCUGCUCACGGUCGCUCUGUUGCUGCUCGAAUGCGUUGUCUGGUGCGACAUGGUUGGAAAACAGUCAAAGGAUUCUUUAAAAGAGGCGUCAAAAAUUCGAAGAUUACUUACUCGACUCUCGCUGUUGAUGGCACUCAUUGCUGGAAUAGGCCUGCUUGUGUUUGCUUCCAGAAGAAGGAGCCGCCACGAGGAGCGUCAAAUGGCGGGUAAGGUUUAUCGAGAACCUUACCCGCCGAAGGAGGAGGAGGUCGCCGCUAAAGAGGAAAAGGACGGAAAGGAGACUACAAAAGCAAAAACAACUUCUAAAGCGACGACAGUUCGGAAAGUAGCUACAAAGGCAAAGAGCGCGCUUCAAAUUCUCAUCUUUUUGAUGGCCACACAUGCGACAAAAGGAUGCUCCAUGGAUUUGCUCACGAAGAACAGAGGGAUCCAGCUGGACUUCACCGUCACCGGGAAUCUGAUGGAAUGCUUGACGGACGCUGGAGUAAAAGGCACGAAUGAGGUGCACGAUGAGAGGGUCGGCGACGAGAAUAUGUUUCCGUACACCUUCAGUCUGCAGGAGGGACGUCUCGUCGAUUUGCUAGAUAAAGGACCUAAGACAGGUGCUCCCAUUGGGUGUUCGAAAGAAUGUAAGAGUGAAGGAGCAAAAGGACGUCACGGACAAUGCCUGCUUUCGACCGAGUUCGCUGUUGCUUUUGGACGAAGGGGAGACAAGAUGCUCUACAACCUGCACAUCCUUGGUGAGCCGAGAAUCUGGUACUGCGCUUCUGCAACAAAAAUGCCCGAAAGCACCGCGUCUAUCACAGUCAACUUCGAUCAAAAGUUCAAAGGAUGGCAGGUUCCGUCUAAGCACGGUUGCGGAAGCCAGAGCGCAUUGGACUACGACAGGAUAGCUCAAUCUAACAUCUACUGCACCAAUCCUGAUGUUCUUCGCAAGGCUGAGGAGUGGGAGAUCAAAGACGAGGCGCAUAAGGACGAGUUCAAAUAUCUCUUCACGCUGAACAUUCUGCCACUGAAGGUUGUGCCCGCCCAUAGUGUCAAGAUGCAAGCGCUUGACCACGGCAAAAGGAUUGAUGGGAACAAAUUUCCAAAGUGCGAGCUGUCCCUCAGACUGAGUGGUAACUGGUUCAAAUUGCUUGGUGGUAGUGCUCCUCCUGGUUCAAAGCCGACAUCUGAUCCCGCUGGAAGCACUGGUCCUGAUGAAAGCACUGCUCCUGUUGAAACUACAACUACUGCACCACCAUCUGAAGCUUCCGGCAGUAACUUGGGUCUCAUCAUUGGCAUCGUCAUCGCCGUUGUAGUCCUGUGAGUUUUAUAUUUUUGAUUUGGGUUAUUUAACAA